CAUGAGUAGACGCUAUGAGGUGUUUGGCCACCAGAGGACGCCCAUUCUCUGUUAAAACAAUUGCCGAAGAAGAAGCAGGCCUAUAACUACAGACGCCGUCGUCGUUUGUGUAUGGGAUGUCCAUAAAAGAGGUCUCACAUUUCGGACAAAAACGACCACUUAAGCUCCCGAGUGUGACAACUGAAGAAGAAGCUUCCAUCUCAUCGUGACACCUCAGAUGUCUCUGGCGGAGAGAAGACGGACCAGGGUCGAACAUGCGCAUGCUUCAUCCUGCCUGUACAGUACUCCCCGCAUCCCGCUUGGCCUGCAUGCAUGUGUUGGCCACACGUUUCCUCCAGAUGCAGGAAGGGCCUGAUGUGAAGGGUCACCGAGCUCAGGCACUUGUCUUCCUCUGAGCAGUAAUUAAGCACAUCUAAGGGAGAUUUUAGUGAGCCGUUGGACAGGUCUGCGCUCAUUCGCUGUCCCGCUUUUAAUAGCAUCACUUCUCUGAUAGACUCUGAAACAUCUACUUAUUCAUACACAGGCAGGCUUUAAGAGCAGAAUGAGGGAACCCUGGAGGUACCUGCUGUGCUUGUGCCUCCUGGCCUGCUCAGCCUCCUCACACAGCGCGAACAAUCCCUUUGCGGGGCAACAGACCCCUGUGGACCCUUGCUACGACGAUGCCGGUGCAGCCCGCCGCUGUAUCCCAGAGUUCAUCAACGCCGCCUUUGGAAAAGAGGUGGCAGUGUCCAGCAUGUGCGGCCGGCCACCGUCCCGCUCUUGUAGCGUGGUGGAGCGUGGUGACGACCGGCCGUCCGUGCGCACGUGCCAGAUCUGCGACGCCGUCGACCCCCGCCGGUCCCAUCCUGCUUCCUACCUCACAGAUCUCAACUCGGCUCACAACCUGACUUGCUGGCAAUCGGAGAACCUCAACACGUCACCGUACAAUGUGACUCUGACUCUUUCUCUUGGUAAAAAGUUUGAGAUCACCUAUGUAAGUUUACAGUUCUGCUCGCCAAGACCUGAAUCACUGGCCAUCUACAAGAGCAUGGACUAUGGCAAGACCUGGACGCCCUACCAAUUCUACUCGUCACAGUGCCGACGCGUGUACAAUCGACCCAACAAAGCAAGCAUUACAAAGCAGAAUGAACAGGAAGCGCUGUGUACUGAUGGCCACACAGACCUCUACCCCCUCUCUGGAGGACUCAUAGCUUUCAGCACCUUGGAUGGACGACCAUCUGGCAAGGACUUUGACAACAGCCCGGUCCUUCAGGACUGGGUGACCGUCACUGACAUCCGCGUGGUCUUCAGCCGGCCCCAACAGUCGCGGGAGCUGGCGGCCGGAAGCAACACCGGAGGAGGGAGGGACAACGACCCCAUGGCAGUGACCUCGACGCUGCCGACGUAUUUCUACGCGGUGGGUGACUUCCAGGUGGGCGGAAGGUGCAAGUGCAACGGCCACGGGUCACGGUGCCUGAAUGACAAGGAGGGCAAGCUGGUGUGCGACUGCAAGCACAACACAGAAGGACCCGAAUGCGACCGCUGUAAGCCCUUCCAUUACGACCGGCCAUGGCAGAGGGCGAGCGCCCGCGAGGCCAAUGAGUGUUUACCGUGUAACUGCAACCUGCACGCCCGCCGCUGUCGUUUCAACAUGGAGCUGUACAAGCUGUCGGGGAGGAAGAGCGGGGGAGUGUGCAUGAACUGCCGCCACAACACCGCGGGACGCCAUUGCCACUACUGCAAGGAGGGCUUCUACCGAGACAUGGCCCGACCCAUCUCUCACCGCAGGGCUUGCAAGGCUUGUGACUGUCACCCUGUGGGAGCAGCGGGUAAGACAUGUAACCAGACCACGGGCCAGUGCCCCUGCAAGGACGGCGUCACCGGCAUCACCUGCAAUCGCUGUGCCAAAGGCUACCAGCAGAGCCGCUCCCCCGUCGCCCCCUGCAUCAAGAUCCCCGUGGUCAACCCCACAGCUGUGGUGAGCAGCACAGAAGAACCAGCAGACUGUGAGUCGUACUGCAAACCAGUGAAGGGCAACCUGAAGAUCAACAUGAAGAAGUACUGCAAAAAGGAUUAUGCGGUCCAAGUCAACGUGCUGGACAUGGAGACGGUCGGCGACUGGGCCAAGUUUUCGGUCAACGUCAUGUCGGUGUACAAGAGCCGCGGCGAGCCCCUGAAGCGCGGGGACAACAUCUUGUGGGUGCACAUGAAGGACCUGGCCUGCAAGUGUCCCAAGAUCCAGAUGAGCAAGCGCUUCCUGGUCAUGGGCGGCAGCGACGGCCCGGGGACGGGUACGGGAGGGGCGGGGCCCGGAGUGGGGCCGGGCGGGGGGACCUCCAACCCCGGGACGGAACGGGUGGGUCUCCUGGCCGAUAAGAACAGCCUGGUGAUCCAGUGGAGGGACGUUUGGACGAGACGACUGAGGAAGUUCCAGCGCAAGGAGAAGAAGGGGAAAUGCGGCAAAGCAUGAUGGGGCCCCCCGACCCCGCCGCUUUUUUUGUUGUUGUUUUCCAUCACGGGACCGCCGCACAUUACCAAGACUGCAUGUACCCUACAGUACCUGUUUAAGGACCACAUUUUGUGUAUAUUGUAUAAUUAUUGUCCUUUUCUAUUUGUCUUUCCUGUCCUAUUGGUUUGCCUUAAAAAGGGACCAUUAAAAAGGGUACCAAGUG